AUGCUCAAUGAAGGUGCCGCCUGUGCGGCUUGCGGAGCUUCGAAAGCAGAGUUUGCCUGUUCAAGGUGUAAGGCGAAGUUUUGCAGCCCCGGUUGCUUCCGACAGGCCUGGAGCAUGCACAAGACAUUCUGCUCUAUGCCCAGCCCCAGUGCAACGAAUGAGAAAGCCACAGCCGACGCAGCCCCAGAGCGAGAGCACGGUGGAGUUGCCGUGGUGGUGCCCUUUCGUGACCAGCUCCCCUUGCAGGAUCGCCGCAGUCAGCUGACCCGGUUCCUUGCGCACAUGAGAUCCUUCCUUGCCGGUGUCCCACAUGUCAUCAUCAUCGUGGAGCAGUCGCAGGAUGGACAAAAGUUCAACCGCGGAAAGCUGCUAAAUGUCGGGUUCAAGAUUGCAGCCGAAGUGUUUCCCCGCAUGGAGGCUUUCAUAACGCAUGAUGUUGAUCUCCUGCCAUCUAAUGACAUGCUUCCCGUGUACUUGCGCCCACCUCCCGAGUCACAUGCAGUUCAUUUGGCAUCGGUGUGGCAGAAAUACUCCUACAAGAACUUUUUGGGUGGCGUGUUGUCCUUUCAGCCCAGCGACUUCGAGCGAAUAAACGGCUAUCCCAACAACUACUGGGGCUGGGGCCUGGAGGAUGACCAGCUUGGACUUCGCAUGGCCCACAAUGGAGUUCGCACCCUCCGAGUGAGGCUUGGCGAGUUCGAAGACCUAGACCCUGUUAAUAUGAAAGCUGUUCUGGAACGCAGAGACCGCAAGGAGGUGGGAAGUCACAUGCCUUGGUACAACCCCAUGAUGUUCGAGCGCGGUGAACUUCUGCUAGACCAAGAUUGGUCAACAAAUGGGCUGCGGAAUCUUCAGUUUGCCCGGAUCGACUCCUGGGUGGACGGCACGGUUCAUCACUGUGUUGUGGAUGUUGUGCUGAGCGACGCUGAGCGGACAAAAUUCACAGUGAGACAGAAGGUUGCCAGCAUGGCUGUUCUAAGGGACGGCUUUCUGGGCCACUUCGCAGGUGGAGGUGGGGUCACAGCCGUAGGAACAUGCGAAAGGCCCGCUGGCCCCGAAGCCCCUGUGCCUCAAGAGGCAGUGAAAGAUGAGCUGAGCCGGGAGCUGGAGACCAAAGGUCGUGUGGUGCGUGAAGCCGUGGAGACUGCGCACGUGGAGGGCCAGCAUGCAGCACGCGAGGAACUUUCAACGGUCAUUGAGCAGCUUCAGCGGUUGACGAGUGUGGAGCGCCGUGCCAAGGACAUGGCACGAGGCGAAGAAGCCAGCGCACAGCGUGUGGCAGCUCUUUCAGAGCAGGUCGAGCGCCUUGCGCGCGCGGCGCAGUCGUCAGGCGAUGCAGGCCAUCGAGAAGUUUUUGCAGAGCUGAAGAUGGCGAUCUCGCGCGUGGAGGAGCUUCAGAGUCAGGUCAAUCGACUAUCGCGUGAUUCAAAGAAGAGCACAGAAAAGUGGGAGAUGAUCUUGCCCCGUCUGCAGGAGACGGAACGGGCCAUCGAUCGGCUGCGCGGCACGCCAAGCGGCACGAUCUUGCGCGAGGUGCAGGAGUUGAGGUCACAGCUGGCGGAGGUACGGUUACAGGCCUCUCUCACGCCUCGAGACCGUGUUGGCAGGAACGCUGAGAUGUUGUUGUACCCUUGA